GGAAUACCCCAGCCAAGACUCGGCAACUCCAGCCUAGACUGAGUGCAUACUGAGGUCUCCGGCUGUGCCCAGGAUUGUUGAUUCGUUCCCCUCAGGAUGGCAACCAAGGCGCAGUUCUACUAUGACCCAUCGGAGGUUAACACCGGCAAUUUGGUCUUGUUCGAUGGACGGGAUGUGCAGGCACCAGAUGCGAUGACUUCGGAAACUCACCUGCCCGAUUUCCACCCUGGCAUGGACGGCACUUUUGUUCUGGACCUUUCUUCUUCGUCCUCUUUCCAUUUGGCAUCGAAUCGUCGCAGACAGUCAAGCAGCGUGACGGCGAUGUCCUCCCGUAGUCUUGGCUCCGAGUCCCAGUCUUCGCGAGGUCUUACGGGUACUCCAGAAGCCACCUCGUCGGGGAAAACCACGACUUCUGACGGGGCAUGGCCAAUCCUGAAUCCCAAGCCAUCGAGGCCUGAGAGCAGCGGAAGCUCCUUCAAUCCCAUUCAGAACUCCUACAGCCUACCUCCUAGGAGGCCAAGACGUGCAACCAACAAGCCCAAACCUGAACCUUCCCAGCAAGAGAAGGAAGCGAGGAAGAUUCACAACCGUGAGAAGAACAAGGACGCCGCAGACCGUGCCAGAAGGAAGAAGAAGAAGUACGCUAAUUACCUUGAAGAGUCCAAGUCUGAGUUAGAAACUCAGAACUCGACGCUCAAGAUGGAACUGGAGACACUCACCGAUGAAGCUGCUCGGAUCAAAGCAGAGUUGAUGGGCCACUCCGACUGCCACGACCCAAACAUUGGCCAGUGGUUGGAUACCGAAGCCAAUCGAUACCUCAAUCACGACGGUGACCGGUACAACAAGGCAUUGGCCAACCUGAGUUCAUGCGCACCCCUUCCGUACCAGACAUGCCAGAGCAUUGGGCCGCGCGCCAGUUCGUCUACCUUGCAUCAGGAAAGCCCAAGCCCUCCACUGUACGGUGAUGUGGUUUAUCAGCAGGACUCCGGAUUUACACACAGCCCAGGUCUGUAUGGAGACGACCUUGACCCGGCCUUUGUGCCAGAUAUGCAUGGAUCAAUGCUUGCGGAACCCGACUUCGUGUCUGAUCUCUUCAACGAUCAGUACACUGACUUUCAGACUAGCUUCGACUACAUACCGGUAUCAGACGGUAUUUAUCAAUGAAUGGAGAUAUUCGAUCAUCUAAGGCUCAAGACGACCACGAAGCUGCGUGGAUGGGUUACACCACAAGCCAUCAGAGAACAGGGGCGCCCAAUGACGUGCAUUCCAUCACAAGUUCAGGGUUGGGAAAUUCGAAAUGGCUGGGCCAUGUACCUCCGAUUUUACUCUUCAAGUCGUGCGGGGACGGCGUGCAAGUUGCCGAUACUUAAUGUUGAAAUUAGCAAGAGCAGUGCCUCUGGGCAGAACCCGACGUUGCAACGUCAAGACAUAUUAUACCAAUUCAUGGAUGUUACCAC